CAGCCAAUCGGAAAGCGCGGAGCAGGUUCAAAUAAAGACGGCGGGUAAACAUGGCGGACUCGACUUGUUCUGGGAUGUAGUCGACCUGCUUUCUGUUUUGAAGAUGUGGCGGGUGAAAAAGUUAAACAUCAGCCUGUCGCCUUCGCCCCAGUCGGGAAAACCAGCUAUGAGAACUCCUCUCCGAGAACUUAUCCUGCAGCCUGGUGCCCUUACCAGCUCAGGAAAAGGGACCCCUAUGUGCUCUUCGCUGACCCCAUCACUGUGCAAGCUGGGGCUACAGGAAGGCAGCAACAAUUCAUCUCCGUUGGAUUUUGUUAAAACCAACAAGACAGCCCCCUCAAAGUGGCUAGAAACUUGUCAGCAUGCAUCAGAUGAACAACCCCUAGAUCUGAGUCUCCAAUCCAUCUCUACUCCCAAAACAUCUGAGGAAAGAGUAGACCCAAUGAAUGACUAUGUGAUUAAAGCCAUGGUCCUUGAACCCUCUCCAGUGGGGCAGCAGCAAGAGAUUACACUUGAGGAUCUUUCAGAUACCAUGGCAGAGACAAACAGCAGCUUUCUAAAUGAGCCUUUGAAGCCAAGAGAUCAGAUAAGAAAGGAGGCAGCAUCCUGCACAGAACACAACUUUUCUGAAGUUGUUGCUAUGCUUGAAAAACCUACAUUGCAGGAUUCUCCAUCCCAUCUCUGGGAAUAUCCACCAAAUCCCUGUUCUGAGCAACAGCCACACUACUCCAAGGAAAGCCUGAGGAACAAUAGGACUGAAGCUGUUUCUGAGGACUUUGUAUCUUCUAAAAGUAAUGCCUUCUUACCUUCCUCCACGUUCUGGCUUUCCCCUUCAACUGCAUUGGCAGCAGAUUGCCCCAACAAUCAUGUGUAUGUAGGGGAGGAAGCUGUAGAGCAUAAACCUAUCAAGGAAAGAGAAAUGAGCUUUUCCAUAUUCCCUGAGGAGGUUGAACUGGGAGAUCAAGCACUCGACUUAAAUAUAGAAGAUGUUCCAUCCACGUGCCUAACUCCAAAUCUGGUAGAAAUGGAGUUCCAGGCAGCUCCAGGCCUAGCAGUAGGAGAUGCUGGUGGGAUUCUUAGUUCUGAUUCAGAGACUUGGAUGUCCCCAUUGGCGUGGCUGGAAAAAGGCGUAAAUACCUCAGUCAUGUUAGAAAAUCUCCGACAAAGCUUAUCACUUCCCUCUGUGCUUCAGGAUGCUGCCAUUGGCACUACGCCUUUCUCCACUUGCUCUGUGGGGACCUGGUUUACUCCUCCAGCACAAGAAAAGCAUAUAAAUGAAUCCCAGACAGGUUUGCUGGGCACCAAGGAUAGUACUUUGGAGACAAAGCACCUUCUGCUGGGCUGUUAUCCUCCAGAUCUGACUGCCUUGUCUCGACGUGACCUGGAAGAUAACCUACUGAGCUCUCUUGUCAUUCUGGAGGUUCUUUCUAGACAGCUGCAGGACUGGAAGAGCCAUAUGACUGUUCCUCACCCAGAAGCUCAGGACAGUAGCACACAGACUGAUGCCUCUCUUGGUGAGGUAACUAAGAAACCUCAACAUCUUCAGGAGAACCAAGUCAUUAGACAGGCCCUACAGCAGGCAAGGAAUGUCAUGCAAUCAUGGGUACUAGUGUCCAAAGAGCUGAUAUCUUUGUUUCACCUGUCCUUGUUGCACAUAGAAGAAGAUAAAACAACUCUGAGUCAAGAGUCUCAGCAUGCAGAAACCUUGGUUUCCUGCUGUUUUGAUGUAUUGAAGAAAUUGAGGGCAAAGCUCCAGAGCCUCAAAACAGAAAGGGAGGAGGCAAGACACAGAGAGGAAAUGGCCCUCAGAGGCAAGGAUGCGGCAGAAACAGUGCUGGAGGCUUUCUGUGUACAUGCCAGCCAGCGCAUCAGCCAACUGGAACAGAAUUUGACAUCCAUGCGGGAAUUCAGAGGCCAUCUGCAGGUGGCCCAGGCCCAAUUGGCAGGACUUCACAUAGAACAAAAAGAGUUGGUUCAGCAGACAGAGAAUCUGACUUCCAUCUUGCAACAGGACUGGACAUCCAUGCAACUGGAUUGUGUGACGUGGACAGCUUUGCUGAGUCGGUCUCGACAACUCACAAAGAAACUCACAGCUAAGAGCUGGCAGGCUCUGCAGGAACGUGAUGCUGCAAUUGAAGAAAAGCAGCAGGUUUCCAGGGAGCUGGAACAAGUCUCUAACCAUUUAGAGGACUAUAAAGGCCAAGUAGAACAACUGAAGUUGGAAAAUUGUCGCCUAGCAACAGAUCUCCAGGCUCAGCUGCAGAUCCUGGCCAACAUGGACAGCCAGCUAAAAGAGCUGCAGAACCAGCAUGCCCAUUGUGCCCAGGACUUGGCCACAAAGGAUGAGUUGCUCUGUCAACUUACCCAGAACAAUGAGGAGCAGGCUGCUCGAUGGCAAAAAGAGGAGAUGGCACUAAAACACAUGCAGGCAGAACUGCAACAACAGCAGGCUGUGCUGGCCAAGGAGGUGCAGGACCUGAAGGAGACCCUGGAGUUUGCAGACCAAGAGAAUCAGGUUGCUCACCUCGAGCUGGGUCAGGUUGAGUGUCAGUUGAAAACCACUCUGGAAGUGCUUCGGGAACGCAGCCUGCAGUGUGAGAAUCUCAAGGACAUGGUGGAGAACCUAAAGGCUGACCUGGCCAGCAUUGUAGCAAAGAAUCAGGAACAAGAUGUGGAGAAGACACGCCAUUAUUCCCAUGAGCUAGGGGUGCUGGCUGAGCAACUACAGAUCCUGACCUUCUUCCUGCAGACAAAGCUAAAGGAGAAGGCUGACCCAGAGACCCUUCUGCUGAACACAGCCUGUGCUCCUAUUCAAGAACACCCUCCACCUAAUGACAGUGCCUUCUUGGGAAGCAUCUUGACAGCAGUGGCAAAUGAAGAGCCAGAUUCAGCUCCUGCGCCCUUGCUUGGAAGUGAAAAGAGUGCUUUCACCCGAGUAGCAUCAACGGUUUCCCUUCAACCUACAGAGACCCCAGGCAUAGAGAAGAGACUGGCAGAAAUAAGUACUAAACUUCUUCACCUUCAGAGCCUGUGUUCCCUGUUGCAAGAGUCUAAAGAAGAAGCCAUUGGGACUCUGCAGCGAAAACUUUAUGCUUUGCAGGAUAGGCUGCAGGCCCAGGAAGAACAGCAUCAGGAAGCCCAGAAGGCAAAGGAAGCGGACAUAGAGAAGCUGAACCAGGCCUUGUGCUUGCGCUACAAGAAUGAAAAGGAGCUCCAGGAAGUUAUACAGAAGCAGAAUGAGAAGAUCCUAGAACAGAUAAAUAAGAGUGGCGAGCUCAUAAGCCUCAGAGAAGAAGUGACCCAGCUUACUUGCUCACUUCGGCAUGCAGAGACAGAAACCAAAGUGCUACAGGAGACCCUGGCGGGCCAGCUGGACCCAAACUGUCAGCCCAUGGCCACUAACUGGAUCCAGGAGAAAGUGUGGCUCUCUCAGGAGGUGGACAAGCUGAGGGUUAUGUUCCUGGAGAUGAAAAAUGAAAAAGCAAAACUCAUGGUCAAGUUCCAGAACCAUCGAAACAUCCUAGAGGAGAACCUUCGACGCUCUGAAACAGAGUUAAAGAAACUAGAUGACAUUGUUCAGCAUAUUUAUGAGACUCUGCUGUCUAUUCCAGAGGUAGUGAAUAGUUGCAAGGAGCUACAAGGAUUGCUACAAUUUUUGAGCUAAGAAACUGAAUAUAGUUGUGGUGGUGCCCAUAUGUAAUCCCAUCUACUUGAGAGGCUGUUGCAGGAAGACUGAUUGAACCCAGAAGUUCAUGACCAGCCUGGGCAACAUAGUGAGACCUCAUUUCAAAAAAUGAAACAAAAAAGAAAAACUGAGCUGGAUUCUGCUUCAUUCCUUUCACCUGCAGACAUUUCCUUACCCCCUUCACUAGGAACAUUUGGCAUUGAGCCAACUAUGUUUGAUGCUAUUUAAAUAAAGUG